GACAGGCACUAAGGAGAUAGGCAGGUUCCGUGGUCAGUCAGGCAGGCAGGCAGGCACAUAUUAUAUUAAAUUAUAAAUUUGUCUUUCGUGUUUCAUGAAGAAUCAGAAUUGCAUGUCUGUAAGUGCUUAGUCAUUUUCAGUAAUACCUAAAAGCAGCGGUGUCCAACCCUGGUACUUGACAGUCCCUAUCCAGCUAAUUUUACAUGUUUCUCUCCUUAGGUGUACCUGAUUCCAAUAAUUGGGAGGUUAACAUGAUUCUGCAGAACUUGAUGACUUGCUAAAUGGGUCAUAUAAUCAUUGAAUAGGGCAUGCUGGAACUGGGAAACAACUAAGACAUGCUGGAUAGGAGCUCUCAAUGAUCAGGGUUUGGCACCCCUGACCUGGAGAGUGCUGGACUUGUCCAGUGUAACCAGAAAGGUUCCUCAAAACUCCACUUCUAAUAGGUGUGGUCUGCAUUAGCAAAUGAUUGUUAAAUGUAGCGUGUUGCAUGCCAGAAGUCUUGUUGACUUUGCCCUCUCUGCAGAAAUAAAAUCCAGGGUCAGUGUUCAGUCACACUCCACCUGCUAAACAGAAUCAGGCAUCAGAAGAAGUGUUCUUCUCUAGACUGAAAAACUGCAGCAUGACUCGUCGUGUGGCCAUAGUAGGAGGAGGGAGUUCAGGUCUGGCCUGUAUUAAAUGCUGCCUGGAUGAAGGGCUGGAGCCCAUCUGCUAUGAAAGCAGCAAUGACAUUGGAGGUCUCUGGAGGUUUAAGGAGAAUCCAGAACCAGACCGGGCCAGCAUCUACCACUCAGUCAUCAUCAACACGUCCAAGGAGAGGAUGUGUUUCAGUGACUUCCCCAUUCCUGCAGAAUUCCCAAACUUCAUGCACAACUCCCUCAUCAUGGACUACUUUCGGAUGUAUGCUGACCACUUCCAGCUCACCAAGCACAUACGCUUUAAUACAAAAGUCUUGCAGAUCAAACAGAGAUCAGAUUUCUCCCGAUCAGGCCAGUGGGACGUUGAAACUGAGAACAAGGAUGGGAAACAGGAGAAACACAUUUUUGAUGCAGUGAUGAUCUGUAUUGGACAUCACUGCCAGCCAAACCUCCCUCUCCAUGACUUCCCAGGUAUUGAAACUUUCAAGGGGAAGUAUUUUCACAGCAGAGACUACAAAACUCCUGAAGAGUGGAGGAAUAAGAAGGCGGUGGUAAUCGGAAUAGGCAACUCAGGAGGAGACAUCGCAGUUGAACUGAGCAGAGUCACCAAACAGCUUUACCUGAGCACUCGAAGGGGAGCCUGGAUCGUGAACAGAGUCGGGGAAAGAGGGAUUCCCCUAGAUUUGUAUUUAAACAGAGUUACUUAUUUUUUCCGUAAUAUCCUACCAUAUGGUGUCGUCUGUUCCCUUGGAGAGAGCCAGCUCAACCGCAGAUUCAACCAUGCUCUGUACAGCCUAAAGCCAAAGUUAUUCAGCCAACAUCCCACUGUGAACGAUGAACUUCCAAACCGCAUCUUAUCUGGAACUGUUCAAGUGAAACCAAAUGUUCGUCAAUUUCAAGGCUCCUGUGUGGAAUUUGAUGAUGGAAGCCUCGUGGAAGAUGUUGACCUGGUGGUGUUUGCAACAGGCUACAAGUUCUCCUAUCCUUUCCUGGAUUCUAGUGUGGUUUCAGUGACAGAGAACAAAGCAUCUCUGUACAAGUACGUGUUUUCUCCUGAACUGGACCACCCCACACUGGCUAUCAUUGGUCUGGUGCAGCCAUUGGGCGCCAUCAUGCCCAUUUCUGAGAUGCAGGCUAGAUGGGCCACUCGAGUCUUCAAAGGCUGCAUAAAGCUUCCUCCAGCAGCUGCUAUGCUCAGAGAUAUCAAGUGUAAGCAGGAAGCCAUGGCUAAAAGAUACGUCGCCAGUCCGAGACAUACCAUCCAAGUGGACUAUGUUGACUACAUGGACCAAAUAGCAGAGUUAGUGGGAGUUCGUCCCAGAAUCAAGAGGAUGCUGCUGACCGAUCCUCAGCUGGGACUGAAAGUGCUGCUGGGUCCUAGCACCCCAUACCAGUACCGCCUCAGAGGACCAGGAAAGUGGGCCGGAGCACGCCAGGCCAUCUUCACCCAGUGGGAGAGAGUAGCUAAACCCUUGCAGACCAGGCUGUCUGAUGAGCCCAAACCCAAGAAAGCUUCCAAGUGGCCUCUGAUCAUGUUCACCGCAGCUGUGGGCGUGUGGGCCUACCACCACAGGAACAACUUUCCAGCUUUCCUGCAGGAUCCCACCGCUUUGCUGGACAACAUUAGAGCAUACCUCACUGCAUAGUAAUGCAAAUUUCACUAGUGAAUAAUUCUACUGUAUUUACAGUAUUAGCUAAUGUCCAUGAGGGCAAACUUUGUUCUUAUCUACAGAAAUAUCCAAAAAUACAUCAAUAACCUAAUUUCCUGAACCUAAUCUAAUACUAUACAAGAGUGUUAUUCAGCUCAAUACUUCAUUUUAGCACUUAUGUGGUACUUGUUAUCUGCCUUGGGAUGUGAAAAUUUAAACAUGUGGUACAAUUGUUUAACCAAUAAAUUUGCAGUGGUCUCUAGUAAGAAUGAAUGCCUUGUAAGUCAUACUUGGGGGUGGGUACUCAGAUACGUCUGUUUUAGGACGUACAAGCCAGCUGGAGAAGAAAGUAACUUCAGACAGCAUUUGGAGUCUUAUUUCCUGGCAUUUGGACAUCUCGCCUCAGCUUGGAUAGCAGUAAUGUGACUCUACCACUGACUUGGUUUGCUCUCCAACGUUGAUGUUUUAUCUCCACAAAUCACUCUUACCUGAUGAGUUUUGCUGUGUUGUGGAGUGCUGGUUGUCAUGUUCUACUAACCAAGAUGUUCUCUGCUGUUUCAUGAUUCAAAAUUGGUGAGAGUAUGAACGUUAAAUAACAGUGUGACAAAGAUCUGUCAGGCUUAUCAAAUCCUCGAGUUUCACCAUUUUUUAUCAGAAACUAAAGCAGGAAAUGGGGUUAGAAGACUAUUUUCAUGUUCAGCCUGCAUGAAAACACAGAGAGGCUGAAUAGAAUCAGAAAUAACAUUUUUAAAAUUGUUUUUCGGUGAUCCACACUUUUAAGGGUUAGAAAUAAAGCAUCAGUUUUACAUAAAUACUUUCUUCUUAUUUGUAGGUCCCUUAAUCAGAAUAUCAGCAAUGUUAACUAUCACAAACCCAUUUAUAGCUGUAACGUCCAAAAGGGUCAAUUUUCACCUACAUAUUGACCAACAUAAUAACCUUUUGUCUACAGAAAUAAAUCCACUUUCUGUUUGGCCUUCCAAACCCAGAAGGUUCUGCAGUGCUUGUUUACAUACAGAAGACAAAACAUCCACACAAACAUUCUCUCCCAGGGUCCUACACUCUCUGCAUGAAUGCCAGACGUCAACAUUCUUCACACUGAACAAGUGGUUUCCAUGACUUUGACAACUCAUAAGCUUACAAUAAUCAUAUGUGAUGAAUGAACAAGAUGUUUAAAUGAAAUGUUUGAAUAACCUGUGCUUAAACCAAUGAUGGCUUUAACCCUCUUAGGCUCAUACCAAGUUUUGAUAAAAGGACAAACAACUAAGUCCUUCAGGGGUACUUCUGAGUUAAAAAGUGCUCAUGAAAUACGUAUGUGGAGUAACCAGAUAGGUAGGAUUUAACGUUGCAAAUCUGCAAUGCCUGCCUCCAGAGGGUUAAAAUGAAUAUUGCUCUUACAAUGAUCCAUUUAUAUCACAAUUCACUAUGUGUUUGAUUUAACAAGUUAAUCAUUGUUUACACUCAUACACAUUACAAUAAGAUACUCAUUAAGGUUGAAAUGCACCUCACAUAAAGUUUUGAUCAUUCUCAUUCACAGUGUUAAAAACAUCUUUGUAUCUGAAAGGAAGGCGUGAGUUUUUGAGGGAUGUUGGUAAAUACUCCGAAACGUGUCAAAUUCUGAUUUGCCAAACUUGGCCAGAAAUCAUAACAAAGUAGUUUAAUAAAACAAGAACUUCUUCCUGAUUAAUUCAGUUUCCAGCUGACCCUCGAACCGGCCAAUUCGGGAAAGAAGCAUUUUUGAAACCAUCUUCUCCUUUGACCUCCUGUCAAAGUCUCUGCAACACUGCAGCUGAUACCAGACAACCAGCUCUCUAAGAGCCAAGCAAACAUCAACCUUAGACGCAAACAAGCAUUCCAGCUUUCGGCCUUCACCUCGAGGGAUCUCAGACUGGACGGGUCUUAUCGGAGCUAUCUACGGGUUCCUGACAUCAGAGUUCACUCCACCGGCAGUGACCAUCGACCCCCGGAUUGAACGAGAACCUCCACACCAAGGGUGCGUAGACAUGGCACGACAGAUUGCGUCUGAUGUUGUUUUUAAUAAACAACUCUAGUUUAGAACCAAAAAAACAAAUUCUUUUACACCCAGAGUUCACAAUUUGUCUCAGAUACAAAGAACGGUUGCUACAACAUCUAGCUUCCAUCACAACACCUCACAUCCACGACAUCACAUCUCAUUAUUCAUAUCUUGUCAUGUAUAAAUUAUUAGUUUAGGAAAAAGAAUUAAAUUAAUUUGAUAAACUAUAUACCUGACUCUGUCUGAGUUAAUACGAAGUGUGUUUAUGGUCCCUAAAGAAGCAAAGAACCCUAGAAUCUCCUGUUAAAACUUUCAAAGAUCAAUCAGAUUGAUAUUUCAUAUUUAUAUGGAAUCAUCACAUCUUAUUGGUCAUAAUUAAUAUGUUUUAAUUGCUACAUAUCUGUGGAAUUAAAAAAAUAUAUUACAGUUUUUCUCAAUCGCUUUGGUGCGUUUCUCAGAACACUAUUAACAUUUGCACAGCAGUUAGUGCAUUUCUCAAAACAAGUAGUGCAAACUGCAAAAGCUAGUGGAUAGCCUGCAAAAGCACGUCACAUGCUCAAAAUUGAUAAUCCAUUCCUCAAAAGCAAGUAUUCAUGUCAAUGACAAUGUCAGUGCCAUCAAAAUGAAAAGUCUUGACACCAUCUUUAUGAACAAGAUAGUCAAAUGGCUUUGUCAUGAUUUCACUAUGACAGUUUAUAAUUUCAGUGUUUUCCAUUGCAAGAAUAUUUGGUGACACCUGAAAAUGCUCAAGACAGCACUAUGCCCUACUUGUACAGCCAUUUGAAAUGUGCAGUAAAGUUACUGUAGAUGUUAUGGAAGUUUUGGGAGUAACUGAGACACUGAAUAUGUACGUUUUACAUUUUUACUGUAUAGAAGUGUUUGUAAUUCUACAGCAUUGUGCAAAAGAAAAAUAUGCUAGUCACCUGUUUACUGUAGAAUACAUGUAAACAUAAAAUCACCCUUUUGGUAGAGCUGUGCACAAAUGUGAACAAUAUACAGUACAUGUAACAGUACAUACAGUAUUGCACAGUACUGUAACAUACAGGUACAGUAAAUCAUUCUGGCACAUCCAGACGUUUCUGUCUGUCUGGCCACAUAUUUUCAUCUACAUCACAGCGGAUGUCAUCCCUCGCAAUGCAGCGAGGAAAGUAUCUUCUGGAGUGGUGAAUCCAUCCUCUGCAGGACUCUGCUGUGAUGUUGUCACAUGCUGCAUCCAUGGCUGCUAGCAGGGCCAUUUGGGUAUGUGGAUGCCUGUCAUAUACCUUCCACCUCCAGGAAGAGAAAAUCUCCUCAAUUGGAUUCAGGAAUGGAGUGUAAGGAGGAAGAAACUCCAUAAGCAUCCUGUUGUGUGCUGCAAACCACUGCCUGACUACAGCAGAGUGAUGGAAGCUAACAUUAUCCCAAACCACUACAUACAUUGUCCGAUUGUCACCAGGACACACACCAGUUUUCAUGUGUGAGAUAAGGUUCACCUGAGAAAAGUAAUUUAUGGAGAUUUCCAUGGAAACUCCUUAAAAAUAGGGUUUUCAAAAUGGGUGUACAAAUUGUUUGACAAGAUGUUCAACAAUUUUGAGUGCAAUGACACAAGCAACGAAAUGAAGACUAUUAGUUGUAAGGACAAUGACUAUUCAGCCGGUACAAGUAUAAAUAAUUGUGACAUUCAUGAUAAAAGCAAGGAGAUAGUGAUGAAUAGCAAGUCAAAAAUGACCAUUCUUUAGAUAUUUGUACUUACUCAACUGCUUCAUGUCCAAAGGCAUUUGCCUUUGGAUGAAAUGAACAUGAAACCGCCACUAGGUUGUGCCAAAAUGACCACAUGUUGUGGAGGUUGAACUAACUGUUGUGCAAAGUUUAAUUCUGUUGUGAGAAAUGCACCAAAGCAACUGAGAAAAACUGUAAGAGAGACAUAGUCCCUCCAGCAUAUCCUGGGUCUUCCUUCAGGUCUUCUCCUGGUUGGACGUGCCCAGAAAACCUCACUAGGGAGGCAUCUAGAGGCAUCCUGACCAAAUGCCCGAGCCGCCUCAACUGGUUCCUCUCUACGUGGAGGAGCAGCGGGUCUACUCCGAGCCUCUCCAGGAUGACUGAGCUUAUCACUCUAUGUCUUAGGGAGAGCCCAGACACCCUGUGGAGAAAACUCAUUUCGGCUGCUCGCAUCUAUGAUCUCGCUCUUUUGGUCACUACCCAAAGCUCGUGAACAUAGGUGAGGGUAGGAACGUAGAUCGACCGGUAAAUCAAGAGCGUCCCCUUCUGGUUCAACUCUCUCUUCACCACGACAAAUCAGUACAACGCCCGCAUCACUGCAGACGCAGCACCAAUCCGCCUAUUGAUCUUACACUCCAGUUUUCCCUCACUCGUAAACAAGACUCCGAGAUACUUACACUCCUCCACUUGGGGCAGGACCUCAUCCCUGACCUGGAGAAGGCAUCCUUUCCUUUUCUGACUCAAGACCAUGGUCUCAGAUUUAGAGGAUCUGAUUCUCAUUCCAACUGAUUCACACUUGGCUGCAAACAGCUCCAGCAAAAGUCAGAGAUCACGUUCCGAUGAAGCCAACAGGACUACAUCAUCUGCAAAAAGCAGAGACCGAAUCCUUAGGCCACCAAAACAGAUCUCCUCAACACCUUGGCUGUGCCUAGAAAUCCUAUCCAUAAAAGUUAUGAACAGAAUCGGUGACAAAGGGCAGCCUUGGUCAAACUCUCACUGGGAACGAGCCCGACUUACUGCCGGCAAUGCGGACCAAGCUCUGACAUCGGUCAUACAGGGACCUAACAGCCCAUAUCAGAGGGCCUGGUACUCCAUACUCCUGAAGUACCCCCCACAGGACCCCCCGAGGGAUGCAGUCAAACGCCUUCUCCAAAUCCACAAAACACAAGUAGAUUGGUUGGGUGAACUCCCAUGCACCAUCCAGGAGCCCCUAAGGGUAUAGAGCUAGCUGGUCCAAUGUUCCACGGCCAGGAUGAAAACCACAUUGCUCCUUCUGAAUUCGAGGCUCAACAAUCCGACGAACCCUCCUCUCCAGAACCCCUGAAUAGAUUUUACCAGAAAGGCUUCUUCUGAUAGUUAUUUAAUAAAUCAUUUUUACUACAGACUUUUUUAAGUUUGAAGAAACACUGAAUUGAAUAAGUGGGUCUUGUGCAGACACUAUCACAGCUUUUUAUUCACACAAAAAAUUAAAACUAGUAUUCUUACGAUGUUGAACCAAUUUUUUUUUGUUAUUCUUGGAGAACAUACAAUGUGAGUUUGGAUUAAAUAGGAGAAUUUCUAUAAUUUAGGCAUUGAGGACUAAAGAUUCUCUGCAAAACACCAAAUAUUUUUUAUUUAAAGUUCAGAACAUAAAAACAGUUUUAUGUUUACUUCUUGUAGUCCCACCUCAGAUGAUCUGACCAAUCAGCAGAUUGAACCCCCUCACGUGGUUUGUAAUGUUACAUUGCCUUUUGUUUGCAAUUUCUUCCUGUUUGUUUUAUCGUUCAUUUUGUGUGGCUACUUCAAAUUAUAGGAGGUCCUUUAGCCAUCCUAGUGUUGGUGUACCUCAAGGUUUAGUUUUGGAGCAUUUAUUAUUUCAGGUUUAAGUGCUCCCAUUUGAGCCCUUUCAAUGGACAUCUCACAUCACUAUUGCACAUAUUAUGUUAAAUUAUAAAUUUUUAUUUCGUGUUUCAUGAAGAAUCAGAAUUGCAUGUCUGUAAGUGCUUAGUCAUUUUCAGUAAUACCUAAAAGCAGUGGUGUCCAACCCUGGUACUUGACAGUCCCUAUCCAGCUAAUUUUACAUGUUUCUCUCCUUAGGUGUACCUGAUUCCAAUAAUUGGGAGGUUAACAUGAUUCUGCAGAACUUGAUGACUUGCUAAAUGGGUCAUAUAAUCAUUGAAUAGGGCAUGCUGGAACUGGGAAACAACUAAGACAUGCUGGAUAGGAGCUCUCAAUGAUCAGGGUUUGGCACCCCUGACCUGGAGAGUGCUGGACUUGUCCAGUGUAACCAGAAAGGUUCCUCAAAACUCCACUUCUAAUAG